GUCCUUAAUUUCUUCGAAGGGUUGUACAUAGUAUUGUUGUUAGGUUAGAUUAUGGUACAAAUAUUCCUCAUUGUUAAAAAUGUAUGUAGGAUCUGUUUAAGUUAAUACGUAUUUUCUAUCCUUCAGAUCCGUUAUCGUUUUCCGUCUCUUCCCUAUCUUCAGAUUUUAUCACUAUUUGGUGAAAUCCUGAUUCUUAGUCGAGUGUGGUGAGGUAACUCGCGAUCGUCAAAUUUUGUAAGGCCAUGGUUAUAUCUGGAAUGGGGUAUCUAUCAGGAAUGGUUUGUUUAUUUAGUUUUUGGAAGUCUAUGACCAUUCUUCUCUUUGGUUGUCCUUGUUCGUUAUUUCCCUUUUUUAUACCGUCUAGAUUGAUUCAUUAUAGGCACUUUUACUUUCUUGUAUUAUUGUAUUUUCUAAUAAUUUAUUAAUUUUUUUUUACGAAUUCAUGAUCAGAAUUUGGAAAAAGAUAUUGUGUAACCCAUACUGGAGUUUUAAUUUCUGCCUGAAUGGUAGUAGAGUAGUAUUCAUUCUGGUAGUUAUUUUUCAUUAGUUUUUUAUUUGCACAUGUGCUUCAACCUACAAAAGAGGUAUCCUCUGUAACCACCACACCAACAAAAAUUUCAGCCAUCAACAAUUCCACAAAAUCUUAAAAUACUCAUAGAACUGCCGACAAUGACUUGGCUAGUACAUCAAAACAAAACACAGAGGUCACCUUUGCACCCAACUCAUCAAUAAAAUCUUUAACUAGCAAAAGUCACUCACCAAACGCCAACAAUAAGCAUAUUUCCAUCAACAAGCCUACAUCGAUCAGUUCAGACUACAACAGUGGUCGGCAUUUCAUAGCAAAAUUUUGCAAACUAACUUCACACGUACGCUUACGCUCUAUCGUUCAGUCGUUGUCGAGCCAUCAACGAAUUAUAGGCUAGUUAGUGAACAACGCAGAAUCGUGGGUCGUGUCAGCUGGGACGACCUAUCUUAUGGGCGCGCAAUGUAACUGCACAGUGAAAAACGCUACUCCCUUCUCUCUUUGACGUGGGAUGACGUGAGAAUCUGCGACAUUUGGAUUUUUGUCGUCGCAAACGUCUCAGCUGAUUGCUCUCUCACAACGCAGGGUUGCCAAUAUCGAUAUACUGCAGUAAUUAUCAACUUUUAUAAUUCAAUCUGUUCAAUAUGUUUGAAAUUUUCUUAAAAUAACUCAAAAUCAGAGUCGAAUGCUAUUAUUUAUAAAUAUAUAAACUAUUUUUAAUAGUUUGUUUUUAGUUUUGAUAUUUUAUAUUGUAAAAAAUUGUAAUUGAAAACAAAGAUGUGCUCAAAACUAUAUAUGCGUAUUGGGCAAUGGCAACAUUGUUCAAAUGAAAACAAGCGCCAUUAAAACAAACGUCAAAUCAAAGAGUUUGUUGGAUUUUUAAUUUGUGCGUAUAAAUAAAAAAAUGGAUGACGAAAAACUUAUUAGUUUAGUGGAAAGUAAAAGUGAGUUGUACAAUAAGAGCAGUCCUUUUUACAGGCUGCAAUCAAGAAAGGAUGCCUUGUGGAACGAAAUUGGGAGGGAAUUGAACGCAAGUGGAGAAAUGUGUCGCCGUAGAUGGCUGACACUUAGGGACCGGUACGGGAGGGAAGCGCGGAAGGCUAACGCCCCCUCAGGCAGCGGGACAGAAUUUCAAAGACAGUGGCAUCUAUUAGAUUCAAUGAAAUUCCUCAAGCCACAUAUUUUGCCGAGACCGAUUAGAUUUUCACACAAUAUUUGUGUAAACGAUAUUGCUACUGCUACGGGUCAAUCAACAGACGAAACAUUGGUACAAGGAGAUGCGCAGGAGGAAUCACCACCAUUAUGGCCCUUGUCGCCAAUAGGAAUAUCACCGCCGUCGCCAUCGCCUCCUUUCCCCGUGGCGCAAAGUAUACCAUCCCCGAGUCCUUCGGCAUCAACCUCGGUUCCCUCACCAUCCUGCUAUACGCAAGUUGCAAACAACAGGGGUAGAAAGCGAGGGUCAUCUGGGCCAACUUCUAGCGAGAUUGACCAGAAGAUGAUUGAAGCCAUCGAGGUUUUCAAACAUAAAAUCGAAUCUAUUCAACCUACCCAGCAGACUCAACAACAACAGAGUACAAAUCCAGCUGUAAAAUCAUUCACCUCAUUAAUGGCUUCUAUUUUAAACAAAAUGGACGAGGCAAAGCAAGCGAGAGCUAUGGAAAAGGCAUUACAGGCUGUGUUUGAUGUGCAUAAUGAGUAA